UGAGGUGGCUACGCGAUGCUGCGUAGUAGGGCAAAACAUGAGAUAGUGUUGUCUUCGAAAGCGGCUCUGAGAUUUUCUGUCAGGAAUUUUGCGUCGUAUAUUAAUCUAUACAGAUAUAUUGAAAUAUAAUUACUUUUGCUGGCGAUCGUUACAAGUUUUAAAAUGACCUGUCUCCUAUAUUUUGGAAGUCUGCGCAGUCCUGUCUGAAACUGCAUGGUAAACAAGAGACGCUUGGUGCUGCGGUUAUCUGCAUUGCCGUGGUACUGUAGUCAGAGUGUGCUGUGUGAUGAUGUGAUGUGAUGAGUCUGCGUUGGAACCAGCUAGCUAGCUAAAGUAAGCUUGCAGGCACAAUGCCGUCUCUUUAACCCAACAAUUGAAUGUGUAGCAGAGAUACACUUUGCUUGUUUUGUCGGCUUGCUAUCCAAUGACUUAUUGAGAUAGCUAGCUAGCCAAACUAGCUUCGGCAGAGGCUGAGUGAGUUAAACUGUGUCCAGUCAUGCGGUAACUUUGAGCCCUCCUCAUUCAGCAAGACAACACUGACUUGCAGGGAUGAGGGAAGUCCUUAUUGUGGUACUUACACAUGAUCAGAAUGGCUAUUGAUUUCUUUCUGUUUCAUCUUAUCAAGUUAAAGAUGAUUGAGUCUCAAGGAAGCGGGGACGAUGAAGCCACUGAGACUGCUCCACCGCCAAGUCCAACCGUUCCUCCCCGUCCACGCCAGCGAAACCCCUUGCAAAAGAGUAGCGUAUGCUCCCGAUCGUACUUCAUGGUGGUGAUGGUAUUUUUUCAUGUAUACAUCAUUAAUGUCAUAGCCCUACUUCUUUACGUGCACUAUAACAAUGGCCCAGGAGAAAUGGUCGUUCCGACUCGGAAUGCGGCAAGCGGGACCAAUAAUCAUAAACUCCCGGAGUCUCAGGUUCAGCAACCUGGAUCAGAGUUUUUACAUCACAUGUAUCUUCCACGGAUUGAAGGGAUAAGGGUUGGACAUGUCCAGAAAGUUUCACUGCUGCCAAACAAAGUCCAUGAGAUGCGAACACUGAGCCUUAAACCACUGCUGUUUGAAAUUCCAAACUUCUUGUCUGAAGAGGAGUGUCGUGUGGUGAUGCAACUUGCUCAGCUGAAAGGCCUAAUGGAGAGCCAGGUGAUGGUGCCAGAGGGCCAGGAGGAACUGACAGAGCAGCUCAACCUCAGCGCAGAGGAGAUCUUCAACCUCCUGGAUCUGAAUCAGGAUGGUCAGCUGCAACUCCAGGAGAUAUUGACCCAUUCACGGGUGCGGGAUGGGAUCUGGCUAACACCAGAGAAUCUGCGUGAGAUUUAUACUGGACUUAAAGCUGACAAGGACAAUAAUGGUUUGCUGAGCCUGGAAGAGUUCAGGCAACUGAGCAGUGAUGCAUUCCAGCGUUUCCUGCAGCAGCGUGGGCUGAAGAGCAGCCAGUUGGUGAGGAACAGCAGACACACCUGGCUGUACCAAGGUCAGGGGGCACACCAGGUCCUCCAAGAUCUCAAGAAAAGGGUAACACGUCUCACUCGGCUUCCCCCUGCACUGGUGGAUCUGAGUGAGCCCCUCCAGGUGGUGCGAUAUGAGCAGGGGGGUCACUACCAUGCCCAUCACGACAGUGGACCUGUCUAUCCAGAAACCGCCUGCACUCAUACCCGCCUUGCAGCCAACACAUCCACUCCUUUUGAGACCUCAUGCAGGUACAUCACAGUUCUCUUCUACUUGAACUCUGUUGAGGGAGGCGGGGAGACCGCAUUCCCUGUGGCAGACAACAGGACCUAUGAUGAAGUGUCUCUGAUCCAGAAUGAUGUGGACCUUCUGGACACCAGAAAAAACUGUGACAAGAGUAAUCUGAGGGUGACACCUACGAAAGGGACAGCAGUGUUCUGGUACAACUACCUUUCUGACGGAAGAGGAUGGGUGGGGGAGCAGGAUGAAUACUCUCUACAUGGUGGCUGUGUGGUCACCCGUGGCACUAAGUGGGUCGCCAAUAACUGGAUCAACAUUGAUCCAGACUACCAGCGCCAGGCUCGCUUCCAGCAGCUGGUGUCACAGCUGGAGAAUGAGGACGAGGGGGCGGAGUCAAGCCCUGAACGGCACACUGAUACACACCAGGACUUGUAGCCUAGAAACCAAAAAAGAAAGACUAUUUCCUGGCCCGUCAUUCCUAAAACUUCCCUACCUCCACUACUACAUAACUUGUCCUGUGCACAACUUGUAUCAUUACACCCCUUGCGACCAGUAAAUAUGUAAACAUUCAGGGACUGAGGUCACUUUGGGUUUAUGCAAUUGUAAAGAUAAUUGUUCUUUUGAUUUUAAUGUAUGGGUUGUGUUACCUUAUGUUUAUGGUUUCUGAGUGAUUAUUCCAUACCAUUUUUACAUGAAUGCACAAUGUCCCUCCCUACUUACAUUUGGGAAGGGGAGGUUGAUAAUUAAUGUCUUGAUAAAUAUUGCAUGUGUGAGCUGCACAAGUAGCAAAAAUAUUCAUGGUACUGUUCUAGUGUAAUUACCUUGAAGUGAAUUGUUUAAUCACCAAAAGUUGUUUAAGCACUAGUUUUGUCAUAGCACUGUAAAUGGCAUUGCUUUAUUUAUUUUAUUUAUUACCUAUUUUUAAACAUUACGUAAAGUACUUUAACCAGCAUUGAAUGUGCAGUAUAUUUAUUGUUUACCAGUAUAUUGUGUACCUUGUUUGUUUGAAAAUGCACUGAAUCACUUUCCUGUGUUACAAAUAAAGUAUUCUUAAUUUUCUGAUA